CUGAAGUCAAGGCAGAGUGGGCAGAAUAAGGACAGAGUCCCAUUUGUGGAAAAUAUAUACAUACCCAGAAACAUCUAAAUAAAUGAGGACUGUAUCUGAAAAUGUUAAAAGGUGCAGAUGAGAUUGUUCCACCUCUGACUGGCAUGAACUGGGAUAUUAAUGAUAUCAACCUUCCUCAGGAUGUGAAGCAGACAGACAGCUUCCAGGAAUGGACAGAUUCCUUUGAGAAGCACAUUUACAGCUCUAAUGCCCAACAUGCACAGAGACAUUUGAGUGGUUGGGCCAUGAGAAACACCAACAACCACAAUUCUCGCAUUCUGAAGAAAUCCUGUCUUGGUGUGGUAGUCUGCAGCAAUAACUGCACAACAAUGGAUGGGAGUAAAAUACACCUGAGGCCUGCCAUCUGUGACAAGGCCAGGCAAAAGCAACAUAAAAAAGGAUGCCCAAAUUGUCAUGCUCCUCUGACUCUGUUGUGCUGUAGAGGUCAUGGGGGAUAUCCUGUCACCAAUUUUUGGAGACAUGAAGGAUCUUAUAUAUUUUUUCAGUCCAAAGGACUGCAUGAUCAUCCAAAACCUGAAUCAAAAUUAGAAGCUGAGAGAAGAAAAUCAGUUUGCAGGAAGCGUGCAAGUAUCCCAUUAAAAUCAUCAAGUCUUAAAAGAACCCAGGAAUCAGAGCCUUUUGCAGGUAUAAUGCCAAGCCAAGAAGCCUACCCUGCCAUUUCAUCCCAUUUAGGAGACCUCUUCCAGAAUGAGAUUGAAGACAGUCCUUGCAUCCCUUACCCAAGUGGUUUCAACUUUGGAAAAACGCCUUACAGAGUUGACAGCUCAGCUGACACGGGCGACAUUGGCAGAUACUACGGCAGAUGCCUACAAUAUUCAGCUGGAAACUACAGUUCGGUGAGUUUCACUGGAAACAUGAAAACCUGCGAUUCUAACUAUGAAUACGGGGACAACUGGAGUAGGAUUAUCAACUCGCUGAACGCAUGCACAAGCAAGCCCGUCCUUGGCUAUGCAAAGGGUUCUGGAAACUGUCCUUAUGAAGCCACGGCUUCACAAAACUUCCUAGAUACUCCAUUACAAAAUAAUUGCACAUUGGUUUCAGAAAAACAAUCAGCUCUCCCAGGAUUUAAGCAGGACUUUGAGCACAAAUGGGGUGAAAACAGUUGUGAAAAGAAACAGACCUGGAACUGUAAGAACAGUUGUAUUACUGCUGCUGAAUUUGCACUUUGUCAGGAAGAUCCAUGUUUUGAGAGGAAUAAUUUAAGCCACCCUUUUUUCUGAAAAUAUGCUAAUAUUGGCAUUGGUAUGCAGUAGAUAUCAUUUACUAAGGAGAUUACGCUAUAAAGUUAGCUGCCCUUUGGGACCUUGAUUCAGGUUUAUAACAUUAUUUAGCUUCAUUUUUGUGAAGAGAGAUGCGCUGGAGAAUGAAGUCCUCUCUGUUUAUUCACAGAGAGUAGGGAUAGUAUGAACUGCAGAUAUGUUGCCUAUUUUCAGUUUCUGCCAAAUGUCAUUGACUGCUGUCUACUGAUAACCAAGCAGAAACCACCAAACUCAUUUCAAACCCAGCCCCCAGUAGACACGUACACAAAGUUAAUAUUAGGUAGUCAAAGCACUAAUUACUGUUUGUAAAAC